AUGAGUUUUCAUCAUGAACACCCUCCUCCUGAAGAAGAAAGCACAGUAUAUCCGCCACAAGGCGGAUAUCCUACCAUACAAGGAUACGGAGGUUACACACCGCACCAAGGGUAUCCGGGGCAAGUAUACCCACCAGGGCCACUACAACAAGGGUAUUCGGGGCUAGGACACGUAGGAUACCCACCGCAACAAGGGUAUCCAGGGCUAGGAUAUGGAGUAUACCCACCGGGUUAUGUGUAUCCGACUCCACCGUAUACCCCUCAACUUACGUAUGUGCAACCACCUCCUCCUCAGCAGCUGAUCAUGAAUAAUCAGAUUAGUAGUCGUGGAUUUAUGAAAAGAUGGCGGUACUGUUGGUCGUGGUGCUACAGUUGUACAAGAAGCUGUUAA